AUGUCUCGACCUUCGCAGGCCCAGCGGCCGCUGUCGCUCACCGAGGAGCUCGAAAAGUUGGAACAGUCUAUCACCCUGACGCUCCAAGAGAUCGACCACAACUUUAGCCAGGCUCAUCGAAUCGUUACUACAAGUAUCUUGCCUCUAGUGGAGCAAUACACGGAGCAUUCUCGAGAUGUCUGGGAGGGUUCUAAGUUUUGGAAGCAAUUCUUCGAAGCUAGCGCCAAUGUAUCUCUGUCCGGCUAUGAGGAAGGAAACAAUGAUGAUGAUACCGUGCAGGAGCCUACAGCCACGGAGGAUUUGUCCGCCGAAAUAACCCAAAGCACCAGCGUCGAUGAGACAAUAUCACAAGAGACGCCCUCUUCUCAGCGCCAUGGCACUCCCCGUCAUGAUCAUGGCGCUGAUCUUGAUCUGACAGAUCUCGCAAUCUCCUCCCACAGCACUCCACGUGCCCAAACCCAACAUCACCCGGCUGAUGACGAUAUCACUACUUCUUCGAUGGAUUACUCCUCAUCCUACGAGAACCUGAGGAAACAAGUCAAUGAGUCAGAAGCUCCAUUCGAUAUUCAGGACUCGUCAACACUCCCAUUCACCCCAGGCCGACAAUCAUUUUUCCCGCGCGGCGUAUCUGCCAACACCCCGAUGUCCUCGCCGUUCAUCCCACCCGCGUCUUCCGUUCGCCAGCCAACUACCCAAGACCGACGAUACCAAAAGACGUCCGACCCGGUCCUCCACCAAAUGCUCGACAAGACCUACCGAGUCCAAGCCACACCCCUUGGAAAGGGAUUCCGCAACGUCGGUGGAGGCACGAAUACCCGAUCCAAGUUCAACAUCACCCCAAAGCCAGCCGAGUCUACCCCUCGAUACGGAUACGACGACUCCCCGAUUUCUAGUCCGGAACCCGAGGCACCUCAGCUUCAUUCUGAGAUCUUCUCUUCUCCUAUCAAGGGGUUUGAUACGCCGGGCACGAACCGCAAGAGACGGACAAGCAGCAAUCGCAUGCGUGGUACGCCUAAGCCUGGCAUGAGCGUACUGACACCCGCCAAGAAGUCUGCAGGCAAGUCGGCCAUGUGGGACAGCGAUGAUGAUCUGGAUUAUGAUGACGAUGACCUUGGGCCCAGCCCUCCAAAGACGAUGCAAUUCCACAUUCCUCAGAGUCGGUUGAUGAGAACGCCUGCCAAGGAAGCUUCUAAGCGCAUUGUAACUGAUUUGCUAGCUACUGCGGGAGCUGGUGACAUUACAGAUGAUUUUGAUGAUGACCAGAGUCCAAGCGUGAUCCGCCGUAUGGAACGUUUGGAAGAUGAAACUUUCUAA